AUGGGGAACCAAGCGUCGUCUGCCUGCAGCAUGGACGUGGUUCCUGAAGGCCCUGUCUCAGGGUCUGCUGCAGAGUGCUUGCAGAAGCCUCGGCAAGCAGCAACCGCUGCACAGGGUGUUAACCACUCAGAACAUUCAUCAGAGCCGCACUUGGUGCUUGGAUGCAGCUUCCACAACAGCCAGUCUCCUGUUUGGCAAGCAUUCCCUGACCCUUCAGGAGCUCGUUUUAAUCCUCCUGCUUCAACGCUUCCUCUUCCAUUUGAGCUGUACGGCCAGCCGUUUUAUAGAGGUUUCCAGUGGGAGAAGAAGAAUAGUUCUGUUAAGGACUGGGAGGUGCAGCCAGCCAGGGUUGGCUCAAUGGCGAACGCGACGUUGCCAUGGACGCUUGGUGGUCCAAGAGAAUCCUGCCCUGCGGAAUUGCACUGUCUCAUUUGGGUCCACCGCUACUUUGGCGACUGCGUGUGUAACUUUCGCGACGGGGUUUCGUUCACGCUGGGCAUGAUGAGCGUCGUCGCCUGGGGUGUAGCUGAGAUUCCGCAGAUUGUUACCAACUUCUUCGCUGGCAGCACCGAGGGCGUUUCGCUCGCAUUCCUCAUGACGUGGACUGUCGGGGACGUCUUUAAUUUGGCCGGAUGUUACCUGGAGCCUGCAACGCUCCCAACGCAGUACUACAUGGCUCUGAUGUACACGAUAACAACGAUAGUGCUGGUGGCGCAGACGGUGUAUUAUGAGGUGCUGGUGCCGCACAAGGAGGUGGUGGAGGACGAGGACGAGCAGGAGGACGGGGGAACUGCAGUGCAGGACAGCAUCAGCGCCAGCAGCACCACGGCUGUCACUCUGCAGACUCCUCUGUUACAAGGGCAGCAGCAGCAGCAGGCGCCGUCAGUGCCAGUGGGGGUGCCUCAGGGCGUGCCCAUCCCCGUGGCCCCGCGCUCAGAGAUCCUCUCCGUGCCGCUUAGCCGAAAGUCCUCCCACCGCGACAUCCACAUCCAUUCUGCGCGGUCGCUAGUGAGCUGCCACACGCCCACCAUGGGCUCAUUCGUGCCGGGGUCACACGGGCACCACCACCCGCACUCACUGCACUCCCGCCAUACGCCGCACCACGUGGGGUCGCUGCUCAGCCAGUCGCCCGGCCAGGGUGUGCCGCACAUCUCCCUGCGCAACAACAGCCCCGUCACCCGCGCUGUGGCAUUUGGCAUGCUACUGGUGGGCUGCUUGCGCAUCGGCUCCCUCUCUCACUCCCUCUUCUCUGCCUCCACUCCCAGCCACCUCGCCUCUGCUCCCCACCAUUCAACCCCCACCUUCACCUCCUCCUCCACCUCCCCGCUCUCCUCUCUCUUCCCCUCACUCUCCUCCUCCCCCCCCUCCUCUGCUGAUCCUGGCCUUGAAUCCUACCAUCUGCCUGCCCAAGUCUUUUCCAUGCGCCGCCGACUGCUGCAGGCCAACACACACGGACUGUUCUCUCAACACCUGCUGAUGGAUGGCGAUGACGAGGAGCCGAGUGCGCUGGGGGAGCUGCUGGGGUGGCUCAUGGCGGCCAUUUACAUGGGCGGGCGUAUCCCGCAGAUCUACCUCAAUAUCCAGCGCGGCACGGUGGAGGGACUCAGCCCGCUCAUGUUCCUCUUUGCGCUGGUUGGCAACGCCACCUACGUCGGCAGCAUUCUGGCGCGCAGCAUGGAGUGGCGACACAUCAAGCCCAACAUGCCAUGGCUUGUUGAUGCUGCUGUCUGCGUGCUGCUCGACCUCUUUGUAAGCCCCCACACUUCUUUAUAG